AUGCGCACCUUUGAUCUCACGGCAGCCAUCCUUCUGGCAUUGCCUGUUGCUCAAGCACAGGUCCCAGAUAUCGCUGGCUUUUCAAAGACUUGGUUUGAUGAUUUCACCGGAUCUCGCGGUGCACUUCCUAGCAGUGGAAACUGGAUCAUUGAUACCGGCACCAGCUACCCUGGAGGCCCAGCAAACUGGGGAACCGGAGAGGUCCAAACCUACACCAAUCGUCCCAGCAAUGUCGCCACCAACGGCCAGGGAAACCUGGUGAUUACCGCGAUCAAAGACGCAAAAGGCGCAUGGACUUCCGCCCGAAUUGAAACCAAGCAGACCUUCAUGGCUCCAGCAGGCAAGAAGAUGCGUGUUCAAGCCAGUCUGAAGCUUCCCAAUCUAGGUGGCGGAGGAAUCGGUUACUGGCCAGCUUUCUGGACUUUGGGUGCCGCUUACCGUGGCAACUACUGGAAUUGGCCAUCAGUCGGCGAGAUUGAUAUCAUGGAGAAUGUCAACAACGUCAAUCGAGUCUGGGCUGUCCUGCACUGCGGCACCAACCCAGGUGGACCAUGCAAUGAGCCUAGCGGACUAGGCAACAACAAGAACUGUCCCGCAAACUCCCCCUGUUCUGGAGUUUUUCGCACGUACACCGUUGAGGUCGAUAGAACCAAGUCUCCAGAGGCUAUCCGGUGGUAUGUAAACGACCAGUUGCUUCAUAGUGUCACCCAGACACAACUUCCAGCGGCUGUCUGGGCAAACACCACCCAAAAGGCUCACUUUGUCUUGCUUAAUAUGGCAAUGGGUGGGAGCUUCCCAGAUGCAAUUUACGGAUCAAAGACACCAAUUGCCAGUACGGUUUCGGGAGGGACGUUAGAGGCACAAUAUGUGGCGGUAUACUACUCAAAAUAA